CACACCCACACACACCGCAGUGUGUCGAGCAGAGCAGGUUCCUGCGUGUGAUUUAUUAAAGAAGAAAUGUUUUAAGGAUUAAAAAAAAAUCAUUAAAAAUGCUCAUGUACAGAGAGCUGAGGUUGGGUUUAAUGCUGAUAUUUGUGGAUUUGAUCUCACAACCUGCUGCAGCCCAGUCUUGCGAAGGGCGCUGUUUUGAGAAGUUGCCGUCUUGUUCCUGCCAUCCGACAUGCGAGACCUUAAUGAACUGCUGCACGGAUUUGAAGCAGUUCUGCCUGGACAUCUCGCCCCACUCCGGCUCUCUGCUGGGAGGAACCGACUUCAAACUGCUCAACGUCACGUUUGAUAAGAACCUCAACCUCACCUGCAGAUUCAAGUCUGAGAUCACGACUCAGGGUUACGUGGACGCGGAAGGUGUGGGUCACUGUAUCUCGCCCCUGCUGUUUGAAUCCGGUUGGAUCCCGUUUCGAGUUUCCACCGACGGAGUGAACUAUAACCGUGCCGGAAGAUGGCUCUCAGUGCACCACAGUAAGCUGAGUGUGAAGGAUAAGCUCAUCCUGGUCAACGGUACUCAUUGGCAGUAUUACGGUACUCCGGGCGUGGACGGGAUUCUGCUGAUGGUGUGGAAUUCGUCUCUGAUUAAAGCCGACAGGGUGAACGUUGAGCUGUGGGGAUACGACGAGUUCGGAGAGCCGUAUUCUGAUCAGUGGAGAGCCGAGUGGAAAUAUCUGUACUCUGUAGGGAAGAAUGUGAAUAAUAACGGGACAUUCAGCUUCGUCCCAACGCCCAGUAAAACGCCACUCGCUGACUGGCACAUGGGCAGCAUGAGGGUCAGUCCGAGCACAGAACCUGACGGAGCAUGGAACGUGAACGCUCUGUGGAACGGGGAUCACGCUCUGGCGUAUCAUCUGGAGGAGGACUUCAGGAAAGAUUCUGCAGCCUGGGCUUUGCAAAAGUGUCUAAAGUGGGAUCAGGAGGAAAAGCUGAUGCCCAGUUUCCUGCCCGAGAUCAUCGACUGCCCCUGCACGCUGGCACAGGCCCGGGCCGACACCGGCAGAUUCCACACAGAUUACGGCUGUGACAUCGAGAAAGGCAGCAAGUGCACUUAUCAUCCAGGAGCUGUGCACUGCGUCAGAGCCAUUCAGGGGAGUCCAAAGUACGCAGCAGGUCAGCAGUGUUGUUAUGACAAAACCGGAGCUCAGGUUCUCACCAGCGACUCGAUCGGUGGAAGUACCCCGGACCGAGGGCACGACUGGGGUUCACCACCCUACAUGAAGCCCCCCAAAGUGCCAGGAUUCUCACAUUGGAAGUACGACGUGAUCACGUUCUACUACUGCUGCCUGUGGUCUGAUAACUGCGAUUAUUAUUUCACACACCGGCCUUCCAGCGACUGCAGGACGUACCAGCCUCCUAAAGCAGCCUCCGUGCUUGGUGAUCCUCACUUCAUCACGUUUGAUGGUUCCAGGUACACCUUCAACGGCAAAGGAGAAUACGUCCUGCUCCACUCGCCUGAGUACCAGCUGACCCUGCAGGGCAGAACCGAGCCGAUGAGAUCAGAGCACGGCUCUGUCAUCAGGGUGACGCGUCUCUCCUCGGUGGCCAUGAAGGAAAAAAACUCGGAUGUCAUUGAAGUGCGACUUGCUGAUAAACCGGAUCACCUGCAGGUUUUACAGAACCAACAAGUGCUUUCUUUCUCCGAACAGACCUGGCUGGAUCUAGAAGGCGUGUUUGUGUUCUCGGCGGUACCCCAGAAUGUCACAGUGAUGUUCCCCUCAGGCGCAGGCAUCGAGGUCAGAGGUCGCGGAGGAGUCAUGACCCUGACUGUUUUACUCCCGCGGGAGUUUAUGAACCAAACACAGGGCCUGCUGGGAACAAUGAAUGACGAUUCUGAAGAUGAUCUGAUGUCCAGCGACGGGACGGUUCUGGGACAAGACAGCAGCGCUCAGGACAUUUUCACAUUCGGGGCAGGAUGGGCCGUCACAAACGCGUCCUCUCUCUUCACCUACGACUCGGAGCACCUUCUAAACGAGUACUCCUUCUCCCCGAAGCACGAUCCCUCGUUCGUCCCGCAGUUCUCCGUGACCGAAGACACGUCUGAUCCACUCCUGAGUCCCACACUGAAGAUGUGUGUAGGAGACGGAGCUCAGUUCUGUAAAUACGACGCACUGAGCACACGCAGUCUGGAGCUGGGCAACAACACGCUGCAUGCUGUACGCGCUCACACGGCCACGGCGCAGGACCUGCAGUCUGUGGUGUCCUGUGGCUGGUUACAGCCGCCCAAGUACGGGAACAAGGAAGGAACGCUGUAUUUGGAGGGGGCUAAUGUCAGAUUCUCCUGUAACCAUGGAUACCGCCUCUACGGCUCACAAGAGCGCGUAUGUCAGGAAGACGGACGGUGGUCAGGGGAGGAUGUGCAUUGUGUUAAAGAUGACAUUUUGGGGAUCGUACUGGGCAGCGUCGGCGCCGUCCUCACCCUGCUUGUCCUGACGAUCGCUAUCGUCCACUACACGCGGAAACAGAAGAGAGAAAGACUGAAGGAGAGAGAAAACAGGGUGGUUUAUCAGCACGACGCUGGCGAUCCGUGAACCUCCUCAGCAGCUGCACUAACUAACACUCCUUUAUAAUGUGAGGUUUUAAAAUGCAACAGUGCACUAAAUGUGUUUUAAAAAUCCUGAUUUUGCACUGUCAGUAUUAACACUUAGCGGACGGGUGUUUAAACUUUGCUUUGCGCUGCAUUUACAGUGUAGCAGUGCCUUCUCACUCCAGGGCUAACGUCACUCAGGAUCGAUCCUUUAAAACUUUAGUUAUAGUCUAGUAUUGUGUCUGAAGGAUAUAAAUAUAAUAACUGCAUGAAGGAACAAUUAGGGAUGGACAGAAUUAUUUGAAGAUGUACUAACAGCUAAUACCUAGUUAUGUUCAUUUAAUCAUAUAAAUGAUUGCUGAAUUUAAAUGAAAAGGUGUCGUCAGUAUUUGUGUUGUGAAAGUUCCUCAUCUUUAAAAUCAGGUGCUCAAGAUUUUAAAUGCUGCAGAUUAAAAACAUGUAUUUCACACCAUGGCAUAUUUGGUGUGAAAUCCUGCUUAAUGAAAAAGAAAAUAUUUCUCCAAAUUAUUUCUAAAUAAAUUUAAAUAAAAUAAUUUUAAAAAAUGUA